AUGUCUGCUCAUGUGUUCACGUGUAUAUUUUUAGAUCCAUCCGGAAGUAUUUAUGUCAGAUGGGGAAGAAAAGAAUGCCCAACAAAUACAACCGAAAUUGUUUACACGGGUAUUGCUGCAGGCGGCCAUUACACUAAUUCAGUACGACCUUCUAAUCCAGUGUGUGUUCCGCAUGACCCUGAUCUUGGACAGGUUAGUCAUGAGUCAGCUUUUGGAUCUCUGUUUGGGAUGGAGUACGAAACAAAUGACUUUGGUAGUAACCUAAUAAACAAAGAUGUACCAUGUGCAGUAUGUCGUGUAAGUCAUGCAUCGACUGUAUUAAUGAUUCCUGGGAAAUUACAUUGUUACUCUGGCUGGAAAACCGAAUAUAGUGGAAAUCUGAUGUCAGGACACUAUGGCCAUGCUGGUGCGUCUCAAUGA